AUGGUACAUAAUUGUGCAAUUAUAAGUUGUCCACUUCAUAAUCGACGGAAUAUUCGUAAAGGACUUCUUUUUCAUUCAUUUCCUGUUGAUCAACAUCGAUUUGAAUUGUGGCGACAGACUGUAUUUAAUCAUUGCUCACAAACACUUUCUAUAAAUAAACAUUCGAAAAUUUGUUAUCGACAUUUUCAUCCAGAUGAUUAUAUUGCAAAUCAUACUGGUCUUACACGUUAUUUAAAAGCAACUGCUAUACCAUCAAUUUUUACUCAAACUAAUUCUAAUACAACUAUACUUUCUUCAGCUAUAUUAAAUAAUCAUUUAUUUAAUUCAUCAACUAAUUCGAACACUAAUCGAUCAAUAAAAUUAAAUACACUUUCAGAAACAUCACCAUCACUUUUAAUUCUACCAUCAAAAUCUUCUUCAUCAGUAGUUGUACCAACAAUUACAAAUACAAAAGCAAAACGACUUUUAAAUACAAUUGAUAAAUUACAUCAAAUACAAAAUGCAAAUAAAAUUGUUAUGACACAAAAAAUAACUUCAGAAAAUGAACAAUUAAAACAAGAUGAUGAUAAAAUCAUAGAAAAACAAACAUUAAAAACAAAUCAAAUUAUCAAUGAUAAUAACAUUUUACUUGAGAAUUCAAUACAAUCAUCUCAACCAUUUAUGAUCGAUCAUCAAAAUAUAAUAAAAGAACAACAACCAAUUCGUAUGUCUAAAAAUUUAAUGAAAUUAUUAUAG